GCGUACAUCAAAUAUUCAUCAAUCUAUUGGGGUCUAGCUCUUUCAACGCAACCACCUACACCCCUUAAUACACCUCAGACACCUUUUUUUUUCGGGUUCCCGAUCGCACUGGCGAUGGCUUGCGAUAGGCAACGCUUGGACUCUCCACAUUGCGGAGUUUAGAUCCCACCAUGACGCGUUAUAAAACCUCAACGAAAGCAAGCUCCACCCCUCUCAUCCCCAUCCCGGCAGUCCUCCACCAACAGGCCCCACAACGAUGCGCUGCCCACAAACAACUACCGCCUUCGCGCUGUUGCUAGCUACCGCCGGCCUCAUCUCCACCGCCAUCGGUGCCGCCGUCGACCCGGCAGCCAGCCUGCUCACCUGCCUGCAAUCGAUCCCCGGCACACCUGAGCUCGUCGUCCCAUCCUCUACACCAGGCGCCUACGCGAACGAGAAGAACGGGAUCAACAUCCACCGCCAACGGUUUCCUAACGUGAUCCUCUACGCCACGGGCGAGGAGCAUGUGCAAGGCGCCGUGAACUGUGCCGUUCUUAACCAUGCUGUCCCCGUCGCCCGAUCCGGCGGCCACUCCUACGAAGCCAUGUCAUCCUUCGACGGCAAAACCUCCGUGAUCGUCGACGUUUCCUCUUUGACAACCGUGCGAAUUGAUGAGCAAGAACACACCGCCGUCGUCGGCGCCGGUAUCCGCCUCGGCAACUUAUACGCCUCACUCGGUCGACAAAGUGACCCGUCCUGGACCUUCCCGGGUGGCACCUGCCCGACCGUCGGGCUCGGCGGCCACAGCGCUGUGGGCGGCUACGGCAUGUUGGCGCGCAAGUACGGCAUCGCCGCCGACCACGUCCUCGAGUUCCGCGUUGUGAACGCCAACGGCACCGUGCUCAUCGCCAACAAAUCGCAGAACCCAGACCUGUUCUGGGGUCUCCGCGGUGGAGGCGGCGGCAACCUGGGUAUCGUCACGCAACUCAAACUCUCCCUCGUCUCCGCACCGCAGAACGCUAUCGGUGGGAUUGGCUACCGCCUGGAUCAGCUCCCCCAAGUCGUCGACCUCUUCCAGAAAUGGAUCCCCACCAUGCCCGCGGAACUCACCGUGCAACUCACCCUGUGGGCCGACAAUCCCUACCCCGGCGGAUUCGGGUUCAACGUCCACUACCUCGGCACCACCGACCGUCUCCAGCAACUCCUUGGCGAAGCGGGCUUCUUCUCCAUCCCGACCCUUGGAUCGGGGUUCCAGCAAGUUAGCGUCGUGCAAGCGCGCGCGGCCACAGCAGGCGUGGCUUCCGACACUCCCGACGCCGCCAUCAACGCCUUGCAGAAUCCGACGCGGUUGCAGGCGGCGUGGCGGACGAACCGCAAGUUGACGGCGGAGUAUUACCACCAGAACCUUGACAUGACCACGUUGACACGGUUGACGCAGGUUCUGAGGGAGAUCCCCGCCGAGGCGACGGGCGUGCUCGUGCAGUUCGAGGCGUUUGGCCCGCAGAGCGCUCUCUGGGCCGUCCCCACCGACGCCACACCGUACCCACAUCGCGCGGGCACGCUCUUCAGCAUCCAAUACGGCGUACAAUACCCCGUCGACAACACACAGACGUACCCAUCCGUCGACGCCUUCUACGCCAAGCUGAAAGCCACGCUGGUGCCGUUGGCGAGUGGGUUGCAUUAUGCGGGGUACAUCGACUCGGAUUUCUCGCCGGCAUCGCAUUAUGGCGGGAAUUGGCCGCGGUUGGUGCAGGUCAAGAGGGCGUAUGACCCGUUGAACGUGUUUUACAAUGAGAUGUCGCCGAAGCCGUAGAGGAUCUUCCAUCGUGGUUUAGAACCCACGUAGCUGGGCUGGCCCCAUCUUUGUAGCUUUCUGGCCGCACCCCAGGCUUUAGAUUAUAGUUCGCACAUACCCCCAUCCACUAUUCAUGUAUUCAAUUCUUGCAACGUUGGCGUAAUAGUCCGAAUGUCAUACUGUACACACACAACCAUGCACGGUAUAAAGCUCUGC